AUGGAGACUAUCUGGAUCUACCAGUUCCGCCUCAUCGUGAUCGGGGACUCCACGGUGGGCAAGUCGUGCCUCCUGCACCGCUUCACCCAGGGCCGCUUCCCAGGGCUGCGCUCCCCUGCCUGCGACCCCACGGUUGGAGUCGACUUCUUCUCGCGCCUGCUGGAGAUUGAGCCUGGCAAGAGGAUCAAGCUGCAGCUCUGGGACACCGCAGGGCAGGAGCGCUUCAGAUCAAUAACUCGAUCCUAUUACCGCAACUCUGUUGGUGGAUUUUUAGUAUUUGACAUUACUAACCGACGGUCUUUUGAACAUGUAAAAGAUUGGCUAGAAGAAGCGAAAAUGCAUGUACAGCCUUUUCAUAUUAUAUUUCUACUGGUGGGACAUAAAUGUGACUUAGCUUCACAACGCCAGGUGUCAAGGGAAGAAGCUGAGAAGUUAUCAACAGACUGUGGAAUGAAGUAUAUAGAAACCUCAGCAAAAGACGCUACAAAUGUUGAGGAAUCCUUCACAAUCUUGACAAGAGACAUCUAUGAACUUAUUAAGAAGGGAGAGAUUUGUAUUCAGGAUGGCUGGGAAGGUGUUAAAAGUGGUUUUGUUCCGAAUACUGUGCAUUCUUCUGAGGAAGCAGUAAAGCCCAGGAGAGAGUGCUUCUGCUGA